AUGACUUCUGUCUUUCAGAGAUUCCUUUUCACCGCCGCUUUCUCAUUCCAGCUGGUGCAGAGCAUUCCGAGUUCUCUACCUGAUCUCAAGUCAACACAAAACCAGAGCGAGACAUCUUUAUGCCAAAAUUCGGCAAUUAAUAGAACCUGCUGGGGCCAAUAUGACAUCAACACCGACUACUAUGAGACGUGGCCAACCACUGGAGUGAUCAGAGAGUAUUGGUUGAAUGCCGAGCAAAUCACUCUAAGUCCGGACGGCUAUGAGACGACGGUGCAGGUCUUCAAUGGGUCUCUCCCUGGGCCGACUAUUGAGGCAAACUGGGGAGAUGAGAUCGUCGUUCAUAUCACAAACGGUCUUCCUGACAAUGGGUAA